UUGCUCCCCUUAACCACGCCGUCUCAGUUCUCUGGUCACCAGUGAACUCACAGCUCUGGAGAGCAGCUUGUGAUUCUGCUGUUCGUCAGCUUCCUGUGGUUAACUCGCUGAUCUCAGCCUCUCUUCUCGUAUCAACACCUCUGAACAUUUCACAUUUCCAGCGUCUUCAGACUCCAACUUUCUGAGAUGUGUGUCUAUGAAGCAGGUGAACAUGUCCAACCCGGUGGUGAGCCAGCAGCCGGGGGCCAGCUCCUACGGGACCAACGUCCAGACCGGAGCCUGGAGCUCCGGCCUCUGCUCCUGCUUCAACGACAUGCCCAUCUGGUAGCAUCCUGAAUGACGCGCUGAUGACGUCGUGCUGUGGUUGGCUCGAGGUGUGCAGGAUGGCGCGAGAGAUGCGCAGCAGGAACGGAGACGUUUGAUCUAUAAAGUUAUCUCUAUAAAGUUAUUUCUAUACAAUUAUCUCUUAUCUCUCCUGUCUGCUGUGUUCAUCCAUUUCAUUGCAUUUAUUCUACAUUAAAAUUGUUAAUUAAACGUUGUUUACUGUUGAUCAUGUAGUGAAAAUGUGUGCGAUAAUUCUUUUUCAAGAACAUAUGGAGGAAACACAUGAUUGAACCGAACUGUUUUAGGACAGGUUCACUGUUUACGUUAUUGAUCAGAAAUUCAUUAACCGAUAAACCGUUUACCGUUAAACCGGUGAUACCCCACGUCGCUUUAUACUCACCUCUGAUUGGCUGAUUGCCCGUCCUCGUAUAUACAUAGAUCUGAUUGGCUGUUGGCGCUCUCCGUCUACCCUGGGUAUUUAUAUACAUGGAUCUGAUUGGCUGUUGGAUCCGUGGCCUGGCAACAAGAAAACGCUGACCGCCCCCUGAGCCGUACAACCGGUACUCAACGAAUAUUGAGAGCAACGCACAGAUUAUUGAGAGUAACACACCGAGUAUUUGUAGUUAACCCCGGUGUAUUGGUAGUAGACCCCGUGUGUCGGUAGUUAACUAGGUUUAGGUUAGUUAGGGCUCGAUGUCGUCGCGGACCCUCCCGCUGCUCUUCCUCGGGCUCGGCGGGGAGAUGCUCUACAUCCUGGACCAGCGGCUCCGCGCGCAGAGCAUCCCGCCCGACAAGGCCCGCAAAGUCUCGUCCGAAGCUGACUGGAUAGAGAAGGACAGAAGGAGAGUGAUGAACGACAUCAUCACCACCAUGUUCAACAAGAAGUUCCUGGAAGAGCUGUUCAAGCCCCAGGAGCUGUACUCCAAGAAGGCCCUGCGCACGGUGUUCGACCGGCUGGCCCACGCCUCCAUCAUGAGGCUCAACCAGGCCAGCAUGGACAAGCUCUACGACCUGAUGACCAUGGCCUGUAAGUACCAGGUGCUGCUCUGCCCGCGGCCCAAAGACUUGCUGCUGGUCUCCUUCAACCACAUGGACGCCAUCAAGGACCUGGUGAAGGAGGCUCCGCCCAUCCUGAGCCAGGUGGACGACACCUACCGCCAGCUGAUAGAGAUCUACACUCCCCUGUCCAGUGGAGAGUUCCAGCUCAUCAGACAAACUCUGCUCAUCUUCUUCCAAGACAUGCACAUCAGGGUGUCCAUCUUCCUCAAGGACAAGGUCCAGAACUCCAACGGACGCUUCGUCCUCCCGACCAGCGGACCGGUACCACAUGGAACACAAGUCCCCAGUUUGAUCAGGCUGUUCCGCUGUAACGGGGAGGAGUCGAGGCGGUUUCAGUUCCAGAGCGGAGGGACCUACAGCAGCGCUCUGCGGCCGGGCUCCCUGGAGAUGUUUGGAGACCGUGUCAUCAAGCUGGGCACCAACAUGUACAGUGUGAGUCGUCCGGUGGAGACCCACAUGUCGGGAACCUCUAAGAACUCCGCUCAGAACACCAAGGUGAACACAACCCCCAACCCGCUAGCUAAAGAGGAGCUCAACAUGCUAGCUCGGCUCAUGGGAGGCCUUGAGGGCCAGAAACCAGGCAGCGCUGACAGCGGCUUCAGGGUCAACCUCUUCGCAACAGACGAGGAAGAGGAGGAGGCUCUGAUGUCCCGACCGGACGAGCUUUCAUACGGAGUGCUGAACAUACAAGCUACCAAGGACCAGCAGAGCGACGCAACUCUCUCAAGGAUCAUGGGGGAGUUUUCUGAGCAGGGCGACCCAGCCCCCAGAGCCUGCAGCAAGGGGGACGACUUGCUGGCCAUGAUGGACAUGAUGUAACGCUGGGGUCGGGACCGGGCUGCUGUAGGGCGUCCUGUAGGGUAGGGGGUCCCGGAGGGAGGCUCCAGGGGGUCCCGGGGGGAGGCUCCAGGGGGUCCCGGGGGGAGGCUCCAGGGGGUCCCGGGGGGAGGCUCCAGGGGGUCCCGGGGGGAGGCUCCAGGGGGUCCCGGGGGGAGGCCCUUCACUGAGGCCACCAGGCUCCAGGGUCGACUCCGGGCUGUCUUUAGAGCGAGUCUUGCUGCCAUUGGGUCUUGAGGACGGCCAAUAUUUGAUAUCCAUUUCAAAGGUGAACGAUACAUCCCAUAAUAGGUUUUGAGUGUGGAUGUUAUAACUGGAAGGUUAUCCUGGUCAGUGGAACCCAGGGGGGGUUGCUAUAGCAAUGCAAAUGAUUGAUCCUCCCAGCAGAAGAAUUAACGACAUUAAGAUCAUUAUCCUCGGUAAACGGGGUCAACUCCAGGGUAACCUACCACUUUUCCCAUAGCUGAUAUGUUUUACGUACGCCUCUUGUGGUCCCAGGUAUUUAACAUCGGGUGCUGAAAACAAUUUAUUUGUAAAUAACAGACAGAAAACUUAAUUAGUCCACUUUUUAACAUAAUGGAUGCUUCUUCAUUGGUCAUAAGCUCAUUGUGUGAUGUAAUAAAAUAGAUUCCACUAGGGGGCGCCCUUCUAGUAGUGUAUGUAGUCUUAAAGGCAACGCUAAUAAUUUUAAAAGAAGGUUGACAAAUUGUAUUAUACAAACUACUCAAGCUAAGUAAUAACCGUCAUUAUUCUGGCGAGGAAUGAACUUAUUGCAAUAAAUAGAUCCUUACAUUG